UCUGAAAGAUGUCCAUGUCAUCUGAAGAGGAAACUGAUAUUAGUGAGUCAGAGAUGGAAGAAUAUGCUGAUACAUGGUAUCAAAGAUUAAAGGAGGGUUAUGGGAAGGAAAAGAUUUCUGGUAAAGUUUACCAAUGUCCAUUCUGUUCUGGGAAAAAGAAACAGGCCUACAGUUUCCAGGAUCUUGUCCAACAUUCUUUAGGAGUGAGCAAAGGCUCACAACACAGGAAAGUAAACGAUAAAGCAAAGCAUUUAGGUCUUACAAAGUACUUGAAUAAUGAUCUGCUGAGUAAAGAUAAACUUCCAACAUCUGAUGAAAUGGAAACUGAUCAAUUACAGCCAACACAUGAUGGGAAUGAUGUUGAUGAGAAAUAUGCAUUUCCUUGGAUGGGAAUUGUAGCAAAUCUUCCCAUUGAUUUCGACGGUCGGCGUUAUGUGGGAAAGAGUGGCUCAUUGCUCAGGGAUGAUUUGAAAAAGAAAGGGUUUAAUCCAGUGAGGGUACAUCCGUUGUGGAACUAUAAGGGUCAUUCAGGGAAAGCCGUGGUCGAAUUUGGAAAUGAUUGGAGUGGUUUUGCUAAUGCAAUUAAGUUUCAGAAGAGCUUUGAAUCACAACAUCAAGGGAAGAAGGACUAUUUAGUUUCACAAGAUAAGAGAGAUAAGUUAUAUUGUUGGGUUGCAAAGGCCGAUGAUUUCAACUCAGAAGGUAUAGUUGGUGAUUAUCUGCGAAAAACUGGAGAUCUGAAAUCCAUCUCAGAUAUUGAGGCAGAAGAGAAGCGCAAAACUGGUGCGCUUGUCUCUAAUCUGGUUAACACAGUCGAGGCGAAACGUAGGAGCCUCGAGGAGAUAGAGAGCAAAUGCAAUGAAACUUCCAUGUGCUUGAGCAACGUGAUGAUGCAAAGGGAUGCAAUGAUCCAAGAAUAUAAUGAAGACCUACAAAGUAUGGAAAAGAAUGCCCGUGAUCAACUUGAAAAGGUGUUGAAGGAUCAUGAGAAAAGUAAAUUGUAUUUAGAAGAACAAAGCAAAGAACUUGAGUUGCGUGAAAAGGAGUUGGUGGAAAGGGAAGCCCUCAAUGAUAAUCAGAGACAAGAGCUUCAUUUGUUGAAGCAAAUGAAUGAGAGAGCAGCAAUGGAGCAAAAGAGGGUUGAUGAAUGUGUAUUACGUUUGGCAGAAGAACAGAAGAAGGUGAAAGAAACUCUCCGUCAGCAAAACAUGGAGCUGCAAAAGAAACUCGACUUAAAGCAAGCGCUAGAACUGGAGAUAGAACGUCUCACAGGGGCUAUGCAAGUAACGAAACACAUGGGAGAAGGCCAAGAUGGGGAGAAAAAAUUAGAAGAGAUUGAAGAGAGCCUAAAUGAGAAAAAGGAAGAACUAGAAGAUCUUGAAGCUCUGAAUCAAGCUCUAGUUGUUAAGGAGCAAAAGGCAAAUGUUGAGUUAAAAGAUGCCAAGAAGGAGUUGAUCGACGGAAUGAAGCAGUACUCUUCUCGAGCUUUAAUUGGUGUCAAGAGAAUGGGAGAACUUGAUAUUAAAAAAUUUCAGGAGAUAACAAAGAGAAAAUUCCUUGGAAAAGAUGCAGAUUUUCAAGCUGCUCAGAUGUGCUCAAUCUGGGAGCAUCAUCUUAAGGAUUCCAAUUGGUAUCCCUUUAAAGAUGUAACCAGUGAAAAUGGUUCCAAGGAAAUCAUCAUUGAUGAUAAUGAUGAAAGGCUGAACAGAUUGAAGAAUGAGUUUGGAGAAGCGGCUUAUGAAUUGUUAACUACUGCUUUGAUGGAGAUGAAUGAAAAUCCCAGUAAUGGUAGAUGCAUAACAACAGAAUUGUGGAACUAUAAACUAGGAAGGAAAGCUACCCUCAGCGAAGGAAUAACAUAUGCUCUCCAGAAGUUGAAGGCCAGUAAAGCGAAAAAGCGUUGACUUUCAUGGUUAUGUUUUACAUUUUGAAUUGCGUAUUACACCUUUCCAAGAAUUAGAAUCUGUUAUAGAAAACCAGUCUAUUGAGACAAAGAAGCAUAUGUUUUACCUUUUCUCUAUGGUGGUAUUUUGUCAUGACAAAAGAAAUUGAACUAUUUGAAGUAGGCUCCUCCUCCUAAUAGUGCUGCCAUGGAAUCAGAGGAAUCAGAGUAACAUUAUAUAUACUCAAGCCA